AUGCUUGGAAGUUUAUAUGAUGCAUUUGUGACCGUACAAAAUGAGCUCACAAACAGUGUGAGAAAAUUGCGAAACACCACAUCGUCUGCUGUGCAAAGAAGUUCAUCUGAAGCGAUUGCAUCUCUUUUGAAAACACAGGCUGGAAGCAAUCUACUUUUACAAUACCAACUAAACAUAGAAACAAUACAGCAAAUGAACAAUGAAAAUAUACGUUUGGCAAAUUUGUGCAGUACUCGUAUGGGACGAGCGCAACAAAUGUGUAAUGAACGUGCUGAAGUUAUUUUAGCUUGCUACAACCAUUUACGUACAUUAGAUCAAACAACAAAGGAACUAAUGGAUUUGAAUAGCAAAAUUAGCAAAUUAAGUCGAUUCUGUUUACAAACGGAACGAGCGAUGACACAUUUAGAGGCAUUGCUUAUCAUCGCUGAUACUGAAACAGAUAUCGCUUCUAUGAAAGAUGAUAUGAGGAAGGAGAAAGCACAGAUCAAUAAUUUUUUGAAAUUUUCUAAUAAUAUUCUGGAUGUUGGUCAUUCAUCGUUGGCAUUGAAUCAAGAUGAACAGCGACUGCAGCAUCAAUUUAACUUUGAUAAGGAACACUUGGAGGAAGUCGCGCUGGAAGAAUUUUUGAGUCGUUGUGAAAAUGAAGAUUAA